ACUACCUACUUUUCGUCCUCAUCAUCCGAAAUCAAACUAUAGCGUAAAAUUUAAGCCAGUGAAUAUAUAUUAUUGCACCAAUUAACUAUUACUACUACUACUACUAUUUAUAUAUCUCAUCCUUUGUUAUAUUUCUCCCCUUCCUCAUAACUGAAUUUAUGUGCUUUUCAAAUUCAAACACCAUGUCUUGCUUGAACUUGCGUAGAGUACUCCUACCAACUCGAAAAAUGUGGAAGUUCUUUUCCACCAAAUUACAAAUCAAUUUCCACAAAGUACUCAAUAGAUCCAAAGUCAUUAAGAAAUCCAAGAAUCCAAAUCCUUUAUUCAUCAAGAAACUAGCCCCCUCCUGUGUCUUUCGAGUUCAGUUCAAAACUAAGCGUUCAAACAACAAGUUCAAACACAAGUCAAAAUCUAGAUCUACUCUUAAAUACCACAAGAAAUCAGCACCGGUAUAUAUUGAUCAGCUUUUCAUCGACAAUAUAUCCGUAGAGAAGGAUAACUUUGCCCAAACUAAUAUGAUCACAACAAACAAUAAACAAGUUUGUAUAAUGGAAACAGAGCAAGAUGAGAUAAUCCAUGAAGGGGAAAGCAGUAGUAGUAUCACAAAUGAUGAGAUGUGGGAAUCAUUGACAUUGGCAUCUCCACAGUUGCAUUGCAUUAAUGAAAGAGCAGAGGAAUUUAUAACUAAAUUCCGUGCAGACAUGCUGCGUCAAGAGAAUAUGUUGAUUCAUCGUUAGUAGUAUGGAAUUUCUCUCUUUUGUAAUUUUUGUCAGCAUUGAAUAAGAUUUGUUCCCUAUUAAUUAAUCUAGUUUAUUUUUAUAUAUACUAGCAAAUGGUUGGAUUGUAUUGAA